UGCUGCUUCGGCCUUGCACAAUAAAUCCAGAGAGCCGCCGGACGGGGCACAGACGCGCAGUCGUCGUACUCCCCGAGACGGGGCAUUGGAUGCUCUAGCUCUAGCUCUACCCCGUCUCUGCCUCUCUCCAUUAUCGGAGACCAAAACAGCAUUCCCUGGUUCUUGGUCCUUGCAUUCUUGGUUCCUCGGUUCCUCCUUCACAAUCUCCUGUUCUGGGCAGUGGAGCAAGGCGUCGCUUGGUUUCUAGAGAGGGACCUGAGGAAGAAAAGCCAUGGUUCUUGAGGAGUCCGGGCUUGCUAGUUCUUGGUAGCCCUUGGCAUUGGCAUCCUAUCGUUCUCGGAGUCCAGGCUGGGUCAAUUCGGCCAUGAGGAAGCACGGGUGGCAGCUUCCCUACCACCCUCUCCAGGUGGUGGCGAUAGCCGUGUUCUCGGCAUUGGGUUUCGCCUUCUAUGUCUUCUUCGUGCCGUUCGUGGGGACCAAGGCCUGCCAAAUUGUGGCCAUGGCUAUCUACACUCCAUUGAUUACAUGUGUUGUUGUGCUAUACAUAUGGUGUGCUGCAACAAAUCCUAGUGACCCGGGCAUUUUCAGUUCAGCAAGGCAUCAGGAAUUAGAUAAGGAUCAAAAGCAAUCCCAAAUGAAUUCAAAUCAUGGUCAUGGAGGAAGGCCAUUAAGUGAGGGUUUUAGUGCUGUUGAUAACAGUGAGAAGCUGAGCAGCAUGCUCGAGAUGAAGGAUUCGCCUUCUUGGCCCAGAUUUUCUGAAAUUCUUUGCUUAAUUUGUUUCCCAUUCUCUUGCCUUUGCAAAAGAUGGCUCCAUUUGGAUAAUCAGCCUUCAGAUCAGAACAUAAGUGAAGAAGGCAUGUUUUUCUGCAGCUUAUGUGAAGCAGAGGUUUUGAAGAACAGUAAGCAUUGUAGAGUGUGUGACAAGUGUGUUGAUGGCUUUGAUCAUCAUUGCAGAUGGCUUAACAAUUGCAUUGGGAAAAGGAACUACAAAGGGUUCUUCGUUCUAAUGGCUUCUGCGGUUAUCCUGCUUGUGAUGCAGUGGUUGUCGGGAGUCCUUGUGUUGAUUCUCUGCAUCGUGAAGCGAGGAGAGUUCUCCAGGCAGAUUGUCACGAAGUUGGGAAGUAGCUUCUCAACUGUAGCUUUUGUAAUUGUUGUGGCAACUUGCACCAUUUUAGCAAUGGUUGCAACCAUACCACUCACUCAACUUUUAUGCUUCCAUAUCCUUCUUAUCAAGAAGGGAAUUAGCACAUAUGAUUACAUCAUAGCUUUGAGAGAGCAGGAGGAUCAACAAGAGGUUCCUGGACACCAAAGUCCGCAGAUGUCUAUUAUUAGCUCGGUUACUGGAUUUAGCACAGCCAGUUCUUUUGGACCACUUCGUCGUGGUUCAUGGUGCACUCCACCACAAUUAUUCCUGGAAGAUCAGUUUGAUGUCAUUCCUCCAGAGAUCGGCAUGCCACAGAACUCUGGCAGUAAGAAAACCAAGGAAGAGGAAGGAGCAAGGAGAAAAACUGGAACAGUGAAAAUCAGUCCGUGGACACUGGCGCGCCUUAACGCAGAGGAAGUAUCUAAGGCAGCUACGCAGGCAAGGAAGAAAUCCAAAAUCCUGAAGCCAAUUGCAAAACAUGAAGGCCCAGACAAUGGCAGUAAACCAGAUCAUAAGCCUAACAACAAGAGACGACCUGACAAAAGAGGAUAUUUCCCAGCUGAACUUUCUCUUGACCCCCUUGCAACUCUAUCUGCAAGUGGUACCGGAAGCAACUUCAGCGAUGCAGCCACGGAAAUUUCCAGCAGAUUAGCCCCAUUACAGCUUGAAGCAAGAAGCGCUUUCCAACCGAGUACUGCAGCAUCCACCAGAAAUGUUGAUUCAUCACCAGAAAGUAGCUUUGGCUCGCCUGAUCUCCACCCCUUUCGCAUUUCUUCAUCCAUGGCUGAUGAUAUGCAAGGAGGCAUGUCACAUCCAGCUCACAAGGGCAUUGAAUUCACAAGAUCGUCAAGUGACGGAUAUGAAGCUUCGGGAGGGGAAGAUAGUGACCGCAUCCCUUCAAGAAUUGUGCACAGAUCAUCAAACUGGGCGAAUGCCAUUCUGAAUUCUGGUCAGGGAGGCACUUCAGCUGAUCUGCACAUGCCAUUAUCUGAAGGCUUUAUUACUAACAUGAAGUCGAGCUAGUUAGAUAUGCCUUUGCUUGCAGGCGGCUUUGACUUGCUGACCAGCUGGACUGGAAUCAUAUGAAGCUGCGCAUGUUGGUUCCUAGAGAAUUGUUGGAUACAACACAGCAUUGUUGGCAAGAAUUGGCUGGUCUCGAGCUUUCAGAUUAGGUUUGGUUGCUAGAUUUAUCUGAUUGUUUGUGGGGUUUUGGAUUAGUUCUAGGUGCUAAAUUUAUCUGAUUAUGUGUAAAACUGCGUUCAUUGCUGGCGUUGCUCCUUACCGAUGGUUUAGCAUUCCCCUGUCGUCUUGGCAAAAUAUGAAUGUGAGGUUCUUGCACAUGUUAGAGCUUGAUCUAGAUUACUAUGCCUAAAUUUCUUGCUGUGAUCCUUCAAAAGAAAAAUCCUUGCUGUGCCA